CCCUCGGCUCUACAUCUACAGUACCGUUUGAAGUUUGAACUUGUGUAUGUGUAGUUAACCCUCGACAAAAGAAUUAUCUAAGUAGAUAGGUAGAAAAAUCCGAGAGAUCCGAACCCAUGAAACGGGCCAUUGAAUCCAAUUUUGACGAACUUGAGUUUAAAAAAGGAAGUCUCGUCUGGGGCAAAUAUGGAAAAGCUUGGUGGGCCGCCAUAGUGGUAAACACGGAUUCAUGCGAUUUUAGAAGGACUAAAUACAACAUAAUGUGGCUAAACGAUUAUACGACUUCGGUGCUCAAAGUUCAGGAUUUACUGCAUUUUGCGGAGUACUUUGAAAACGUUAUUACAAGAUUUAGUAAAAGAAUGUCAAAAGGUUGGAGACGUGGAGUAGUGGCGGCACUAGAAGAAUUGUAUAAUCACGAUCAAUCCUUUAAGCCCGAAGAGCUAGAAAAUUUGGCGAAAUGCGGACUCCAAAAUGUUCCUCCCCGUGUACAUCGUAUUCCCCAAUCUGUUCAAACUGCAUUGGAUAAGAAAGAUGAAGAUAAUUUUGAAGUCUACAAGAAUAAGUGUCCGGAUAAAUAUAAAAGGUUGUUUAGAAACCUUCUGUCAAGAGGCAAAAUUUUACAAGGUGAACGUGUGUGUCUAGGGUGUUAUGCAGACGAUGACGUAUGCCAAAAUCACCCUAUCUUGGAAGGCUUUCUUUGCAGCAACUGUCAUAAAAGACUGAAGCGCACCCUAAACACAGUAGGCGAUGAUGGACUUCACUUCUUUUGUUCCAUUUGUGGAUAUGGAGGACACACAAUUCUCUGCGAAAGUGGAUUUUGUGGAAAGGCAUAUUGCGUUAAAUGCGUGGAAGACUUUUGCAAAGAAGGCACUUGGGAAUGUUUCGUAAAAGAAGAAAAAUGGAGUUGCUUUUUGUGCAGUGGCAAACCAAAAAUAGGUGUAUUGCGAAUUAAAGCAGAUUACAAUCUUGAGGUUGACAAAAUGUUGUAUAGUGACGCAACGCAGAGUCCUUUCAUAAAAACUCCCUCCAGGCCUUAUCCAAAAGGAACCAAGCUUCGAGUCCUAUCACUAUUUGACGGUAUUUCUACAGGUCUAUUUACACUGAGUAAAUUAAACAUUCCAAUUGACGCUUAUUAUGCCUCAGAAAUAGAUCUAACUUGUAUAAGUGUUAGCAAAUUUCAUUUCAAGGAGCAGGUGAAGCAUAUUGGCGAUGUGACCGUUAUUAGAGAAGAAGAUAUUAAACGUAUGUCCCCUAUUCAUUUAGUGAUUGGUGGAUCUCCAUGUACGGACCUGAGCUUGGUGAACCCAGCGCGUAAAGGUCUCUUUGAUCCUACUGGAACGGGGUACCUUUUUUUUGAGUUUUAUAGAGUAUUGUCUAUGGUUCUGAAACAAAACCAAAACGGAUUUUACUGGCUAUAUGAAAAUGUUGCGUCUAUGGAGCUCGAUUCUAAAGAAGUGAUCACCAGAUAUUUACAAACGCAACCGGUAUUGAAAGACGCAGCCUUCGUUUCGGCUCAACACAGACCAAGACUAUUUUGGGGGAAUUUACCUCUUUUACGCCAACAGAUGCCAGUGAUAGAAAGCAACCUUCAAGAUUUUUUAUGGCCUUAUCGUACUGCAAAAGUCCAGAAAUUGGCUACAGUUACCACUAAAAGCAAUUCAUUACGACAAGGAAAGGAUUUCCUAUAUCCAGUUAUAAAUGAACACAACAAACCCGACGUUAUCUACAUCACAGAGCUCGAAAAGGUAUUUGGAUUCACACCGCACUACACCGAUGUCUGCAAUAUGUCAGCUGGCCAAAGACAAAAGCUUUUGGGAUCUGCAUGGAGCGUACCCGUAAUGAUGCAGUUGUUCAAACCCUUACAACAAAUUUGUAAAGCCUAAUUUAAUUAAUCAUGUACAUAUUAAUCUGGUACUUUUUUGAUUCCUCACUUCUUUUAAUAAAAUAUGUUCAAAUUUUCUCCUGCAACAGGAGUGACAAAAUUUU